GAGGAGCCUUCUCCCCCCCCCCCCCCCCCACCCACAUAUCUUUUUACUUCUUUCGUGACUAUGAAGAAGUAUAAAAAUCGAUCGAAUUAUUGAUACUAAAAGAUUUAUCAAUUUCAAUAAUGGAUAAAAAUAAAUACUUAAUAUUGGAUGACCUUUAUAAAGCGAAAAAAAGAACAUCUAGGCAUUAAGUAAAAAUUUAUCAAAGGAGUUUUGUUUGUAAACUAAAGAAAUUUUUUAUAUUCGAUAAAACUUCAAAUAACUCAUAUCAAAAUUUCUCGAAUAGACUUCAUAACAAAACAAAUUGAAAAGACAGCAGGUGUUGAUUUAAAUGGCGAUGGGGUUAUUGGUUCAGGUAUGAAUUUUCUGAAAAACAAAUAAAUUGUAUUUGAUUUUUAAAAAAGGUACUGGUUAUUCACAAGCUCCAGGAGGUGCAGGUGGAGGUAUGAUGAAUCAAUUGGAAAAAGUUACUCAAAUGGAUCUCAAUGGUGAUGGUCGUGUUGGUGGUGGUGUGGGUAAUGCUUCACAAUAUAAUCAACAUGGAACCCCUGGUCAUCCUCCUAACAAUAAUCAAUAUGGUGGCGCUCCUGGUCCUCAGAACAAUCCUCAAUAUGGUGGGUCUGGAUAUGGACGAAAUCCUCAUCAAUUUGGUGGUGGUGGUGGCAAUUCAGGUUAUGGUGCUUCACAUAAUUAA